AUUCUAAAGAUCCUGGUCAGGGCAGUUGUUGAAAACUUGACGGACAGCGAGGGGCAGCAGGCAGGAGCCCUCCAGUCCAAACUGAAGGAGCUCUUUGGUCGGAUCAGUUCCCGCCACAGCAGUGACGCAGAGAUAUGGCGACAGUACGCACUGCUGUACGGUGGAGGCCACAGCUCCAACCCAGAGGACAACGAAAAGGCACUGCAGUUCCUGUCCAAGGCCCAUCGCUGUGACGUUCAGACCGGCGGCUGGGAGAAAGAACCUGCUCUCUUCAAGGAGGUGAUCAAAAGAGGCAUCCAUAUGGGAGAAGUGACAGUCAGUUGCAGUGAGAAGAAGAGUAAUCCAUCAGAAGCUCUUCAGAUGCUCUCCACCACCCGCCUCAGCCUAAGGAGUCUGGCCACCAAAGCCAAGCAAAUGCACACCGACGUGGCUACAGGUCAGAUCCACACCGAGCUGCAGGACGGGGUCGCUACUCUGGAGCAACUCAUCACUGAGCUGCAGGAGCUGAGUGGGAAGCUGCGUAACCAGUCGCAGUGACCGUCCUCACAGAAGCAUCUCCUUUCUGGGACAAAAAAUAGCUUGUCCGUAAUAAGGACUGACCAGAGUCAGACAGAGACUCUACAUUUCCAGACAUCACCCUAAUAAAUUCCAUCAAAUCAAGAGUUAAAGUAGAAAAGGAAAGCCAAAGGACUCACUUUGUAAUCAUGAUGUUUUUAUACCUUUAUGUCUACAUUGGAAGGUAAACAAUGACUAUCUGACAUUAAGCAGUAAAAUGUUUAAAAAUCAAAA